AUGCUCUGUCCGAUGGCGCUGCCCCCAAGAUUGGGGCUCGUCGUGAUUCUCCUUGCGCUUCUUGGCUUAGCUGCAGCGACGUCUUCCAGCAAUGCCAACAGUCCACGCAGUAGCAGUGCCCCAGAGACAGUUCAAGAUGCCAAAUCUAUGGUUCAUCAGGCUCUGAAGGCUCUUGCAGUUGUCAACAAGGACAGAAUCAACCAUCCAGCCUUUAACAAGCACGAGUUCAAGGAAGUAACGGCAGAACAACCGGCGGCCCUGCUUCGGUACAAGUCAGAGCCUGCUUCCCUUUCUCUACGCAAUACUGCUGGGGACGAUGACAACUCUUCAUCAGGGUAUCGCAUCCCCACCGAGCUCUCUCAUGCGGCUCGUGUCCUCGCCGAGUCCACUCCCCAGGAACCCAAAGGCAACCACAGCCAAGUUGCCGAGGCCGCUCGCAAGAAGCAUUCUAAGGAAGGCUCUACUGACACGAAUACUCCCAAACCCCGAAAGACUCCAGAGGGACUACUAUCCAAGUUUGCCGACAGCCCCAAGGAGAAGCGUGCUUCUGGAUACUGGAUGAUCGACGACCAGAAGCACCCGGGCGAGAGCCCCUAUGCAACCCCCGACUACAAGUACUACAAUACGCAGUUCCUUGGUGAUCCUAUUAAUGUUCCAACAAUCCUGGCGGCCUCCAGCUUUGUGGGACUCGGCGUCUUUACUUCCAACAAGUACGUUGCAGACGACGUGGGUUGGUAUCUCAAUACAGCCAACUUCCUACGGAGUAUCAGGAACUUCAAGAUAGAUAUCCGCUUGACCGACCCGGGGGCUUACGUCUAUGGCAUCCACUGGCAAGACUUUAUUAUUGAGAGCUGCGAGUCUGGUAUGGUCGUGACCGGAGGCUCUGGCGGCCCGAAUAGCAAAGGGCAAACUGUUGGCUCUCUUGUCCUCGCCGAUUCUAUUAUUGCAAAUACUCAGAAUGGCAUCGUCACUUUGUUGCAUGCCGAGAAUGUAACCUCUCUUCUCGUCCAAAACGUCGGCUUUUUUAAUGUUAAGACUGCUAUCUCAGAUUCGGCCGAGAAUCGCGUACUCCUUGGAGGAGGCGAUGAGGUUCACCUGGAUAGUUGGGGAUUUGGUAAGAUUACUGAUGCCAAAGGGAUCAGCAAGUUCGUCAACGGUGAAAGAGUUCCUGCCAUGAACCGAACAGAGGAGCUCCUAGGCAUAGCAUAUGAUAAGAUGAAGCCAAACCUCUUUACCAGAAGGCGGCCUAAGUAUUAUAAUGUCCCUAAUAAUAAGGUUAUGAAUGUUAAGGCUCUUGGGGCUAAGGGCGAUGGAAAGACUGACGAUACUGCUGUUCUUAACUCGAUCCUAGAUGGGGCUGCUAAUAUAUCUUCUAUUGUCUACUUCCCCUAUGGCGUGUAUAUCAUUAAGGAUAUACUAUGUGUUCCCAUGGGCUCUAGAAUUAUUGGUCAAGCAUGGUCGCAGAUCAUGGCCACCGGGUCCAGGUUUGAGGAUGAGCGUAAUCUGCAUAUCGCCGUGCAGUGGAAUGCCCAAGAAGCGAUUAAAGGAUCUGUGGGAAUGUGGAAUUCCCAUUUCCGGGUUGGAGGCGCCGCUGGAUCCAACUUGCAGACCCCAGAUUGUGCAAAGAGCACAGGUUCUGUUGACCCCAAAUGCAAAGCGGCAUCCAUGCUUCUUCACUUGACGUCGGGCUCGACGGCCUACCUUGAGAAUGUCUGGGCAUGGGUCGCGGACCACGACAUUGACGAUCCAAAACAGACCCAGAUAAGUGUGUACGCAGCAAGAGGCAUCUUAAUCGAGAGCCAGCGAGCUUGGCUAUGGGCAACUUCAUCCGAGCACAGCACCCUGUACCAAUACCAGCUUACUGGAGCCAAGAACAUCCUCAUGGGCAUGAUCCAGACCGAGUCACCUUACUAUCAGCCUGUACCCAGAGCCCCUUCGCCUUUCCGCAUUGGCCACUUCCCCGACGACCCCUGUUUUCAAGACUGCAAGACUGAUCGCGUGGGUUGCUACAGCUCUUGGGCGCUACGCAUCAUAGAUUCUUCUGCCAUCUACGUACUGGGUGCAGGGCUUUACUCGUGGUUCUCCGACUAUGAUCAAAAAUGUGUCGAAAAGGGCAAUUGUCAAGAUCGCGCUGUCGAGGUUCAGCAGAGCGACGGCUUGUGGAUCUACAACCUCUGCACCAAGGGCACUCUCGAGAUGGUUUCGCCAUACAACGGUAACGCGACACUUGCCAAGGACAAUAUCAAUGGCUACCGGUCGUCCAUACUGGCCUGGCUCGAGGGAGCCAGUGAGGUUUCUGGACCUCGUCCAGUUCCAGGAUUCCAGCUAUACACUGGAGACGGGCUGCGAAACGUCGACGUGCCCGACGCGUGCAAGAAGGCGUUGAGCUCCAAGAUCAUCUGCGAUCAGUACAUCACAAGGUUUCAAGAGCCAUCGUACAGAGGCUCACCGGACAAUGAGGCUCUUACUGAGUCCAUCUGCGGCAAGUCCUGUGGCAAGUCUCUCGCAGAUUGGUUCAACGGCGUCGAGGCAUGGUGCCAUGGGUACAACAUUUCUCGGCAGCUGCCCACGACACGGGGAGGACGCAUGUGGGCUGGAGUGAAUGAGACAUGCGUCAAGGAUAGCAAGACGGGAGAGUACUGCAAUGACAUCAUUGACAAGUUCACCGAGGUGGAUAGAAUCGACGAGAUGCCUUAUUCCGAAGUGUGCUCCGAGUGUUACAUCAAGAAACUCGCCAUGAUGCAGAGCGGUUCAUACUCGGCCUACGACGAAUGGUUCCAGGAUGAUCUGAAGCUCGUGUACAAGACAUGCGGCAAACAAGGGCCAACAGACAUUCCACCUUCGCUUGAUCCCGUCCCAGAAGACGAAUCAUCCACGUUUUGUAUAUCCGACAACAUUUACCGCACUAGUAAAGGCGAAAGUACCUGCGAGAAGGUUGCCUUGAAAAACAACCUUUCUCCUGCCGCCUUGUACAACCUCAACUCGGCCAUCCAUGAUUGCGGCAGUAUUCCUGCUGGCACUGAGCUCUGUCUCCCCCUCGCAUGCGCCAGACUCGUCAAGUACUCACAAAAGAGUAACUGCACCGCCAUCGAGAAGAACGAGGGCUUGAGUCCCGGCAGCUUGCGGAGAUUCAACCCCUGGAUCAACCGCGAAUGCAGCAACCUAAACUCUGGGGGAAAUUCUUUUUGCUGGAUCCUCUGCGCAGAACCUCAAGAUGGAGAGAUACCUCAAUUCGGAGCCGGCGAUGACACUGUCACUCCGCAUCCUAGCACCGACUACACUGCGUUCCCAGUAAAUCCCCCAAACAACGCGACGGCUGCCCAAGAUACCACGACGCAGUGCGGACGAUGGCACGUGACUGAGGAGGGCGACACCUGCGCUUCCAUCUGCAUGAGCACCGGCAUACACAUCUCUCUAUUGUUGGCGGCUAAUCCGUCUCUCGGCAAGCAGUUUUCAGAGUGCAGUGCGAAGCUUGUUGUUGAGCGGGCCUACUGUACAGGACCGACAUAUGACUGGGGUAAAUGA